CAUGCACGAUGCAUUACGCGUCACACAUAUUAUUGUACUGCAUCGCACUUUGGUGCGUAAUAAAUGAUGGAAAAGCUGCAAGAACUGCAGUCAGUCCAGAUAUCCUAGCAAAUUUCGCUAAAAAUGUAGCUUCAGUAUUGUCGCCGGUCAUUUUGCGCGACGUGCAAUCCCGCAAUAAUCGAUCGUCCUUCCAAUCAACCCUGUCGGUAUCCGCCAAUCUGAAUGACGAUUUGAAUUCACAUUCAAUCUUGAAUAAUAUAGUCGAUACAAAAACAUCAAACGCGGCUACCUAUUACGGACCACGCUCUUAUCCUUACAAUGGACUCUACGAGGAUUCUCCGGAAGAACUCGAGGGAUCCGAAACGAAUGAACGAUUCGAUGGAUCUCUACGAGAUGGUUCCUACCUACGCCAAGAACAAUCGAACUUUUACAAACCUCACGAUUUUUCCACAAACAAUGAUAAUCUUGACGCAACUCCAAAAUCUAGCGAUAAUAUCGAUUCAUCAAUCGGUCGUAUUCAGGAAUCGUCCACCAAUUUAUAUCCUUCUUAUCACGGCGGUGGUUUUCCCAAGGCAGCCUUCCCCCAUGGACCUUUCUUGGAUAAACCCUAUGGAGGCUUCUACGGAGGUUUUGGACCAUACGGACACCACCACCACCAUCAUCAUCAUCAUCCAUAUGGAGAUGGAUCUUCGGAAGAGGCGGGCACGGAGGAGAACGCGCGAUUGGAGAACAGGACUAAUUACGGAGAUUACGGUUCGCCUUACGGAGGUUACGGUUUCGGCCACCAUCAUCCCUACUCUCCAUUUCCCUUUGAUGGAUACGGUCAUCACGACUUCUAUGGACCCUAUCAGAGAAACGGAAAUGUUUCUUCUAGAAACGGACACUAUGGACAUCACGGUUACGGGCCUUACGGCGGACCCGAUUUCUAUGGUGGUUAUGGCAAUCACGGUGAUUACGGUUAUGGCAAUAAUAAUGGCAACAAUAACGGCAACAACAAUAAUAAUGACAACAGACAAACCGAAGAACCGGCUGAGAAUGGUGACCAGAAUAACUCGACAAAAAACGGAUACUCGCCUCCUUAUGGGCCCCCUUGGGUCAAGCCAUUACUGGGGAUUUUUCACCCCCACGAUUUCCCCCUCCUGCCGUACGACCACUUCCAUGGAUUCAAGGGCGGUCCUGUCGGGGUUGGCCACGUUGGCUAUCCAAUAUAUGCCGAUCCGUAUCUAGUUGGAUUUCCAUUCCAUCAUCCUUACGGGCCUUUCAUUCACGGUAAGAAAUAUCUCCCGCCGAAAGGCAAACCUGCCGAUUCAGGUGAAUCGGCCGAGACAACGGAAGCAACUGCUGAACUUAUGGAGAAUGAAACUCCCGAACGAAUCACUACGCUCCACGACGAAGAGGUAGCACCGGCUCCAAGUUCGAAUCGAUACAAGAUAACGCCAACGGGACGGAAGGAAUUGAAGCAGAUCAAAUUGGUUAAUUUCGAGAUUCGGAGAAUCUGAUUUCCUAAAAUAUUAAUCCUAAACUUGACAGAAGAAAAUAAAAUCAAAAUUAACACAUACAACAUAUUAUAGUAAAAGAUAUGAAGA